GAGGGUCCCACGCUCUCACACACUUUAACCUAUAAAAUAGAACAGCAAAAGCUUUAUCUCUUUCAAAGCCCCAAAAUCCUCUUUUGUGAGCUCAGAUUAAUCUGUGCUCACAAUGGCUUGCACUCUCGCUGAUUCAUUACUCCUAUUCAAGGGAUCUUUUCAGAAACCACUUCGCAGGAGAGACAUUACUGCUCACUAUUCUCCAGGCAUAUUUAGUUUAAACAAUGACGGGCUUAUCCGGAAAGGGUUCAGGCGUCAAAGGAGUUUUGUUACUAGGAAUAAAGUUACUUUCGUACGUGCUGUGGCAGUUCCAGUACAACAACCUGCUCCUGUGGAAGGUGUGGAGUAUAGAAAACAGCUAGCUGAAGACUACGGUUUCAGGCAAAUUGGAGAGCCGCUUCCAGCUGAUGUUACUUUAAAGGAUGUCAUCAGUUCCCUUCCUAAAGAGGUCUUUGAGAUUGAUAAUGUGAAAGCAUGGAAAUCUGUUUUGAUAUCUAUCACUUCUUAUGCAUUGGGGAUUUUCAUGAUUUCCAAAGCUCCCUGGUAUCUUCUUCCCCUCGCUUGGGCAUGGACUGGGACUGCAGUAACUGGGUUCUUUGUUAUAGGACAUGAUUGUGCUCACAAAUCAUUUUCAUCCAACAAAUUGAUAGAAGACAUUGUUGGGACCCUGGCUUUUAUGCCACUGAUUUAUCCAUAUGAGCCAUGGCGAUUUAAGCAUGACAGACAUCAUGCAAAAACAAACAUGCUAUUGGAAGAUACUGCUUGGCAGCCUGUUUCGAAGGAUGAGUUUGAAUCUUCUCCCCUUUUGAGGAAAGCAAUAAUAUAUGGAUAUGGUCCAUUUCGAUGUUGGAUGUCUAUAGCUCACUGGGUGUUGUGGCACUUUGAUUUGAAGAAGUUCAGACCAAGUGAAGUAAACAGGGUGAAGAUAAGUUUAGCGUGUGUGUUUUCCUUUAUAGCAAUUGGGUGGCCAUUAAUCAUUUACAAGACAGGAAUCAUGGGAUGGAUAAAAUUCUGGUUGAUGCCAUGGCUGGGCUAUCACUUCUGGAUGAGUACGUUUACCAUGGUACAUCAUACUGCGCCGCAUAUUCCAUUCAGAAACUCACAAGAGUGGAAUGCUGCACAAGCACAGCUUAAUGGAACUGUUCAUUGUGACUACCCUAAAUGGAUCGAGAUCCUAUGUCAUGAUAUUAAUGUCCAUAUUCCACACCACAUAUCCCCGAGGAUACCAAGCUAUAAUUUAAGAGCAGCCCAUAAGUCCAUCGAAGAAAAUUGGGGAAAGUAUCUGAAUGAGGCUAGUUGGAAUUGGAGAUUGAUGAAGACAAUCAUGACAGUGUGUCAUGUGUACGAUAAAGAGCGAAAUUAUGUUGCCUUCGACGAACUCGCCCCUGAAGAUUCUCGUCCAAUUACAUUUUUGAAGGAAAGCAUGCCUGAUUAUGCUUAGUUUAGUCCAUCCAACCUGCCUUUUUACUCAUGUAAUUUUUUAUUUAUCAAAUUAGGUUCGUAUACCAUCGGUUUUCCUUUCACGUUUUCGAUCUUGUUAAAAUGGUUAUUUUUUGAUAUCUGGUUUAGUAAGAAAAUUGCUUGUUGCUCUCGAA